CGGCUCCGGGAGCCCUCGGGAAGCCCGGCUGGGGACGGCCGGGGACGCGCCAGCACCAGCCCAGCCCGCCAGGCGCCCUUACAGCCUCGACGGCCGGACGGAGCGAGGUUCCCGCCGCGGCGGGGCUGCUUGGCCCGGAGGCCGCUCGCCGUCCGUCCGUCCUUCGGGCGCUCGCAUGCGGAGCGGCGCUAGGGGAGCCGCGCUCUUCCUCCUCGUCGUCCGCCGCCGCCUUCCGUAGGGCGGGACCCCCAGCCGCCCCCGCCGUGGAUGAGCCCGGGAGGCGCGGCGGGCCGCCCGUUGGGGCGAGGCGGCGGCGGCGGCUGCCGCUGGACGGAGGAGAGGCGGAGGGCGGGAGCGGGGCCGGCGCCGCUGCCGCUGCUGGCCGCCGCACGAUGCCCGGCGCCGCCGGGGGUGGCCUGAGCGCCUAGUGGCCCCGGCGGCUCCCUGGCUGCCAUGGGGGGCAAGCAGAGCACGGCGGGCGCCACGGCCGCGGGGCGCUCGCGCGGAGGAGGAGGCGGCGGCGGCGGAGGCGGAGGAGGCCCCUUGGCCGGAGAAGACAGCGCGGGGCCGCCGCCCGGGGGAGGCGCCCCGCACUUCGGGCACUACCGCGGCGGAGGCGGCGGCGGAGGCAGCGGAGGAGGAGGAGGAAGCGGCGGCGGCGGCGGGAGCUCGGCGAUGGGGCUGCGCAGCCGCUCCGUCAGCUCCGUGGCCGGCGUGGGCGUGGGGAUGGGCGGCGUGGAACCGGCCGGCGCCGGCAGCGUCCCCUUCGGCCUCUACGCGGCGGCGGCGGCGGCGGCGGCCAGCACCACCAGCGCGGCUUCGGCGGCGGCGGCGGCGGCGGCUUCCUCGGGCGACUCGGAGCGGGGUCCAGGCGGCGGGUCGGGCGCGGACUCCACCCCUUACGGCCAUGGCAACGGUUACCAGGAGACGGGAGGCGGUCACCACAGAGACGGGAUGCUGUACCUGGGCUCCAGGGCCUCGCUGGCCGAUGCUCUACCUCUGCACCUCGGACCCCGGUGGUUCAGUUCACACAGCGGUUUCAAGUGCCCCGUUUGCUCCAAAUCAGUGGCUUCCGAUGAAAUGGAAAUGCACUUUAUCAUGUGUCUGAGCAAACCCCGUCUCUCCUACAAUGACGAUGUGCUAACCAAGGAUUCCGGCGAAUGUGUCAUUUGCCUAGAGGAGCUUCUGCAAGGAGACACGAUAGCCCGGCUGCCCUGCCUCUGCAUUUAUCACAAGAGCUGUAUAGAUUCCUGGUUUGAAGUCAACAGAUCCUGCCCAGAACACCCGUCAGAUUGACCUCUUUCCAGGUCCUCUCACCAUCCAUCCUUAUUCCACGCACACUCCCAACUUCCUCCAAACCACCUCUGGGACACCCCCUCCCCAACGGCAGCCUGGGCAUUUUAGUGUUCAGUUCUGGACUUCAGAGGCAGAGAAGACCCCAACAAGCAACUGUCGCUCCGCAAGGCCAUCCACAAGCCCAGGCAGAGGGACGAAGAAUGGGGCAGGAGCCAGUGGCCGCCGGGCCCCCCACCCCACAGCCACGCCAUGAUGUUUGUUUGGGCUAGAGGCAGCCAUGAGCGAAACGGAGCACGAUGCGCAUCUUUGGUGCCAUUCAAGGAUUCUUCCUUCCUGCCCACACGCAGGUCCCUUUUUGCACGGGGGGGGGCGGGGCGGGGAGUGGUAGUUUACCCCUCCCUUUUUAUUUUCUUGGAACAACAAGGCCAUUUUCCCCCUCCCCUCCUGCCUCCCGCCCUCCCCAGUGCUGAGGAGGAGGAGGAGGAGAAUCAGGUGUUUUCUGUGGCAUUUUUCUGAAGGCGUUGUAAGUUUGUCUUUUCAAAUGUUUACAAAACAGCCACGUCGUGUCAACCAGCGUGCCAGGUGAUGUUUAUAAGGCUGCAUUCUCGGGUAGGUCAGGUGGGGAGCAGAACUUCCAAGACCUUUUUCUUCCCCCCUCCAUCAACAUCCCCCCCCCAUUGCCAAAAGUCCCUUUACUCUUUUUUCCUCCUCCUCCUCUUCCACCCCCCUCGACCUCCGUGCUGGCUUCAGGGGCUGUCGUCCUUUGCAAGCUCCUGCAACAAGAUCAGAACAGUUUACAGCCCUUUGUGGAGCACAGGACUGGCUUUUUUCUUAAAGCAACACACACAGAGAGGAUACGACACACACAAACACACCCCUUCCUGCCCUGCCAGUCCACAAUUGAGCACGGAGCAAAGCCUGGCUGAGCCACAGGGUUGGGGAAAACCUCUGAUGGACGGUUUUGAUCCGCAGGAAAAGUUAUCUGUAUUUAUAUAGGAAAAAAAAGAAAAAAAAGAAAACAAACUUUAAAAAUUACAAAAAAGAAAAAAAUCAAAGCUUGGGAAGGGAAACUUCCCCUAUUAGUCAAGUGUUUUGAUAUGGUAUUCAAUAAUGCUCAAUAAAAUAGUCACUGUUA